AGUUAGAACCAAAUUUGACAUUUUACAGUUUCAAUUUUAUAUUUUGCGCAAAAGCUUCUUAUAUAUUUCUUGUGAUUUAAUAUUUGAGUCGGUUAGUUGGUUACAUACAUUCCAGGUCAAUGCACAAAACCACUAAUCGGAUGUGACUGACGGGAUAAAAUAUCUCGAGUAGAGUUCGCUUAAUGUAGUAAGAUAUUUAAUACUGUUUUGUUUACAAAGUUUAUUAGAUAUGUCUACUAAAGAAGAAAAUCCUAGUUUGGAGGCUGAAGAAUCUCUUUUAUAUUCGGCCAGACAUGGAGAACUAUCGGUAGUAAAAGCUCUUUUAGAAGCUAACAAAGAAGGAAAAUUAAGAUUGAAUAUAAACUGUAAAGGUAAAAGUAAAACCAAUUUAGGAUGGACCCCUCUUCACUUAGCCACAUAUUUUGGUCAUGCGGACGUAGUGGAGGUGCUGCUGGAUGCUGGUGUGGAUGUAGAUGAGGUCAACGACACCGGUGACACUGCUUUGCACAAGGCAUCGUUUAUUGGGAACGAGGAGUUAGUGAUUCUACUCCUGAAUUAUAAAGCAGAUGUAAAUAUAAUGAAUGGGGAAGGUCGGACAGCGGUAGAUGUGUGCAAGACUCAGGACGUACAGAGAUUGUUGGAGGCAGCUGGCCUUGCAGAGAGGAGGGAUAGAGAGAGGAAGCUGUUGACGGCUGCAAGGGAGGGGCGUAUUGAAGAAGUACAAGAGUUGUUGAGUAGUUCGAGUCCUCCGAACAUAAACUGUGCGGACGCGCAAGGCAACACGUGUCUGCAUUGCGCCGCCUACCGCGGACACGCGCGCGUCGCCGUGCUGUUGCUGCAGAACGGCGUCGACACCACGCUGAAAAACAACAACGGCCAGCUGGCGAUCGAGCUGGCGAAGGACGGCGACAUGCGCGAGGUGCUGAGCGUGCGGCCCGUGCAGCGCUUGCAGCGCACGGCGGCGCGCUUCGAGGGCGCGCUGCUCAAGCGCUCGCGGUUCCUCGGCUGGCGCCCGAUGUGGGCGGUCCUCCAGCGUGGUGUGCUCCUCUACUACGGCUCACGAGCGGAAGCGGCUCGAGAGGGUGGUCGCUGGCGGGACCGGAAGUACCUGGACGGGGCGAAGUUCACCGCGCCUGACACCGAACCCGCACUCAUUGUGAUCGCCUUCAGCGACGGAGACAAUCACCGUCUCGCCGUGCCGCAGGCCGGUAAUGUCCCCGCUUGUAGACAGUCGUGGAUAACAGCGCUAAAGGAACACAUCGCGUAUUCCGGACACUACCUGUGGGCCGGCGCCGGACCGGACACCGCUAAAGAGGCCACGGAGGACCUGGAAGACGAGUGCAAGCCGCUUGGCUCGAUGCAGGACGCGCUGACGGCGGCCACCAACAGCCUGGCGCUGCUCGACACGCAGCUGCGCGAGUGCGGCGCCAUCGUGGCCGCGCUCGACCGCAGCGUCACCGUCGGCAACUCGCUGCACCACUCCGCCUGCAUGCGCUUCCAGCACGCGUGCGGCUCGGGGCAGGCGGCGCUGGCGGCGCUGCGGCACUGCGCCGCGCUCGUGGCGCAGGCGCGCGACCGCGACCGACACGCGCUCGCGCUGCAGAUAGAGAGGAAUAGAGUGCUAGAGGAGGCGCUGGCGGCGCUCGCGCGCACGCACCACGCGCUAGAGAUGUCGGUGGCGGAGGAGCUGACGAAGAGUAAAAAAAAGAAAAAGAACUCGCAAUCAACGAAUGACUCAAAAGAAAAUUUCUACGACGUAUACGAUGAUUCCGAUGACGAUACCCUGGUGACGGCGGGUCUAUCUAGCCCGCUGGGCGCACUCAGUCCCUGGGGGAGCAGUCCCGACCUCACGAGGAGAACUCCAGUCGGUAGCAUCGAUGGUGAUAGUAAUGGCGAGAGGACUCCUACAAACGAGGAUAACCUGGAGCUGAGUGGGCGACUGUCGGCGUCAUCCGGCUCCGCACACUCGCUCGGCACACUCGUGUCGCAGGGGGGACACGUGUACAGGAACGCGCGCCCGUACACACGACACGGCAAGCCCAGGACCUCACUACCUGUGGCCCAAUUCAGCCGAGGCGACUUCAACCUCUGGUCGGUCCUGAAGAAUUGCGUGGGGAAGGAGCUGUCCAAGAUCACGAUGCCGGUCGUAUUCAACGAACCCCUAUCGUUCCUGCAGCGCAUGCUGGAGUACCUCGAAUAUGCGCACCUUCUUAGAAUGGCAUCGGAACAGACGGAUCCUGUAGCAAGGAUGGAAUAUAUUGCCGCAUUCGCAGUAAGCGCUUUGGCUUCAAACUGGGAACGUUUGGGCAAGCCAUUCAACCCACUUCUCGGGGAAACAUAUGAACUCGAACGCCCCGAGUUCAGGGCCGUUUGCGAACAGGUAUCGCACCAUCCUCCGGUGUCAGCGUUCCACGCUGACAGUCCUCACUUCGUCUUCCACGGCUCCGUGCACCCAAAACUCAAGUUCUGCGGCAAAAGUGUGGAGAUCCAGCCCAAAGGACAUGUUACCGUCGAACUGCCCAGAUGGGGCGAGGCUUACACUUGGAGCAAUGUGAACUGCUGCGUUCACAAUGUCAUCGUUGGCAAGCUUUGGAUCGAACAGUACGGAGCUAUGGAGGUGACCUGUCACGGAGGUGCCGGACUCAAAGCCAACCUCGCAUUCAAACCAGCUGGUUUCAAUAACAGGGACUUGCACAGAGUCGAUGGAUUUAUUAUUGAUCAAAGCAAAAAGCGUCUCAAAUUCCUUUAUGGUAAAUGGACGGAAUACAUAAAAUGCUGCAGCGCGGCUGCACACGAGCAAUGGGCGCGCGAACGUGGCGACGACGCGCAAACUCCUUCGCAUACACCCAAGAAAGUUCUCGCCAAGCUCAAUAGUUUUAAAGUUGGGGCAUUAAGGUCUAUGUCUAUACAGGAUAAUGAUGAUGCUGAAAACUCAGAGGAGGUGCCAAAGCCAGAUGAAUCCAUGAACAUCGACAUUCCUGGUUCCGUUACACUUUGGGAAGCGAGACCCAGACCCAGCAGCAGUGCACAGUAUUACCAAUUCACCGAAUUCGCAAUGUCCCUGAACGAGUUGGAACGAGACAUGAAGGGUCAGCUAUGUCCCACGGACAGUCGGCUGAGACCAGACAUUCGGUUGCUGGAGCAAGGAGAUAUAGACGCAGCUGCCACUGAGAAAACCAGACUUGAGGAGAAGCAGCGAGCGGCGAGGAAGGUUCUCAAAAAGAACGUGGAUGCUUGGCAACCAAGGUGGUUCAGUCAAGGUACAAACCCGUAUACUAAGCAAGAGGACUGGCUCUACAACGGAGGCUACUGGGACCGCAACUACCAGCAUCUUAAAGACGUCGAUAUAUUUUAAAUUCUUGUCUUUCUUAGCUGUGUUAUUAAAAUAAAUGUUGUCAUAGUCAUUGAAUCGCGAAAACAAUUUAAAUCAAAAUAAAUUAUCGAUGUUGCAAAGUGAUUCGUCAUUUUAGAUAAUUCAAAAGUAAGCACUGCUAGCUACGUAGCUUAACAAAAAAAAAUGUAGAAGUUACAAAUUUUGAAUUUGUAUAAAUAUAACGUUAGUAAUGGGCGAGGUGCAGUAAUUAUUCGAUUGAAAAUAAGAAAACUUCGUCAACGGUACGAAAAGAAAAAAAAUACUGUAGAAAAAAAAAUUAAAGUAAUGUUCUUUUCGCUUCUUCCAGAACCUUCUCUAAUUCAUCUUCCUUUUCUCUUCCAUUGUUCUUUUACAAAGUUGUUAUUACUUCGCAUUAUUGAGACAUUAGCGGCCUUGCUUAUAAACCGUUAGUGGAUGAUUCGUUAAAUAUUGCUAUCUUCUUCCUUCGAAUUUCAAAUCAAUAAUGACAGAAAGAGAUAAACCAAUGUUUAACUGAAUAGUCUCUAAGCAACGUUUAUAAGUAAUGCCGCACUUAUUAUAUACCAAUCUUAGUAGUAUUUUACGGCUAAUUAGAUAUAAAUACUGGUAAUAUUGUCGUUUAACUUUCACUGAAAAUCGAUGUUUUGUAAAAAAAAUAAUGAAAUUAAUAAAAGAUCGUUUUUUAUAUUUAUAUUUAUUAAAUUUAUAGGCAAAUAAUAAUAUUUAAAAUUAAAAAUAAUAUUAUGUACGUAG